AUGUCACUACCAACAGUCUUUGCUUAUUCCGAAAAUGGGCAGAUAAUUGUUGGUGAAGAGGACUAUCAAGACAUGUUCGGAGACCCCGGAGGUCCCCCCGUUUCUGAUCAUCCCUUUUCGAGCUAUACUUUUUUGCCUUCGGAAUUAGUGCCAGCUAUUGGGGAAUCAGCAAGCCCUUUUCUGAAGAACCCCAACGACAGCUUCACUUUAUUCACAACCAGUCCAAGUGGCGAGCAGCAAAUACAUGAGAAUAUGCUAUGCUACGAGUAUACCGAUCUUUCCCAUCUCGCUUCGUCUCAUCAUCCAUCUGCUGGUGCCCUCACUCCCGGCGGUGGAAUUGAUGAUUCUGCUUCGGCUUCGAGUCAGGUCCAGAUCAGGAAGUCAGUAACGUCUUUCUACUCCACCUCUGGUACCCUUAAUAGCCCUUAUCCUCCUCCCACUCACACCUCGCGGGAAAUCCAAGAAAGCUCCUCCAUCCUGUACGAGCUUGGGCUUCCCCGACCCGACUCAGACGACCUCUCUUCUCCUUCUCCUUCUUCAACUUCUUCAACUUCUUCAACUUCUCCAUCUACUGCUGUCUUCGACGAUUACGCUUAA